CGGCACCAAAGCGGAAGCACUUAAUUGGUCCGCGAGGUCAAGAUCAACGUUAGCUGAAUACCAAGAUGGCUCACAGGCUGCUACUACGUAGAAUUUGGAAGCUGUCUGUGAAAGAUAUCCGCUGCAUCCAAGCAUCCACUGCUACCAUCGCUUCCUCUUCUUUUUCCACCUCACUGCAGUCCGCCACAACCCGGGUCUCCUUCCUCUCUCCGUCACGCACUCUGCCUCACUCCCUUCCUCACACCUCUAGCCGGGCAGUCUCCUUCAAUGUUCAGGACCACGAGGACUUCACAGAGAGGGUCAUCAACAGUGAACUGCCCGUGCUAGUUGACUUUCACGCACAGUGGUGUGGUCCCUGUAAGAUUCUUGGGCCGAGGUUGGAGAAGGCUGUUGCAAAACAGAAAGGCCGUGUUGCCAUGGCAAAAGUUGACAUAGAUGAUCACACAGACCUGGCUAUUGAAUAUGGGGUGUCUGCUGUUCCGACAGUAAUCGCCAUGCGGGGAGGUGAUGUCGUUGACCAUUUUGUGGGGAUCAAAGAUGAUGAUGAGCUGGACUCAUUUGUCAGCAAAAUCAUUGGACAAUAAACCAACUAUUACCGCCCUGCCAUUCAACACCAUUCUGGUUCUGUUUUGUAUGAUGCUGGCAUGGUCAGCAGGCCUUAGCUGCCAUUUUGAGGCCGUUUAGCAACCGCCAACAAAU